CCAAUUUUCAAGCUGAAAAGAAAAGAACGUCGUGUGCGUGUUGAAGGCGCGAUAAGCGAAAAAAAUAAAAACAUUUUUCGUAGCUUUGUGGAAUACAAUUAAUGGCAAUACGAGUGCGUUUUAAGUUUAAGUGAAAAGUAGCAGUGCAAAAUAUAUAUACACAUAUCAAAACCCAUUGGAAUAGUGCAACCAAAAAACCAUAAAACAGAACUAAAGCAACGAAAAUCGGGGCAAUUAAAUCACUUCUGGAUUCAUUUCGGCCCGUUUUUACUAGCUAACUUAAAAAUAGCUGCCGAAAGCAUUCCGCAACCACUGCUGGUGACUGGCCCGAAACCAAUGCGAACAAUACUCCACGAAAUCCUCCGACUUCGAGUGGCUUACGCAUGCCUUUGAAUUUGCAUCUUCGCACCCGCACAGCAGCCAGCAAAAGCCAUCGCAGGAAACCCUAUGGAUGACCCAUCAAUCAAAAAACGGUUACUAGAUUUAUAUACUGACGAACAUGAAUACGAUGAGGUUCAGGAGAUACCAGAAGAGUCAAGCAUUCAGCCCCCGGAGACAUCAGCGAGCCAUACCAGCACGAACGGAUCCAGCCACUCAGGACCUGGAACUGCAACUGGACCAGGAGCUACAUCUGCAGGCCCGUCAGCGGUUGCGCCACAGUCACCAGCAAUUGUUGUGGACUCGGUUCCCGAGCUGCCAGCGCCCAAGCAGAAAUCUGUAAAGAACUCGAAGAGCAAACAGAAGCAAAAGCAGUUGGCGAACAAAUCGAAGAUUCCGCGGUCUCCUUCGUUGGCGAGCAGCCUAAGUAGUCUGGCCAGCAGCCUUAGUGGUCACAGGGAUCGGGACAAAGAUCGGGACAAGGAUCGGGAGAACCAGAACGCAGUGCCGCCGCAGACGCCGCCGUUGCCAUCGAGCUACAAGCAGACCCAAAUGAAUGGUGACUCCACGGCUGCAGCUGGUGGUGGUGUUUCUGCCCCAGCCACGCCCACCGCCGCCAAUAAUAACAAUGCGAGCCACAAAAACGGCAGCAUAAUGGGCGGGGGAGUGCAAUUGAAUCAAUCGGACAACGUCAACCCCGUUCUUCAGGCGCCGGGAGAGCGCAGUAGCCUCAAUCUGACCCCCCUCUCCCGGGAUCUGGGUGGUGGCCACACCCAGGAGUCCACGACGCCAGCGACCACGCCGACUACGCCAAGCCUAGCAUUACCAAAAAAUUUUCAGUAUUUAACCCUGACUGUGCGAAAAGAUAGCAACGGAUACGGGAUGAAGGUUUCCGGAGAUAAUCCUGUCUUUGUGGAAAGCGUUAAACCCGGAGGCGCAGCAGAGAUUGCAGGCCUGGUUGCUGGCGAUAUGAUACUAAGGGUGAACGGCCAUGAAGUGCGACUAGAGAAGCAUCCAACUGUAGUGGGUCUUAUAAAAGCCUCGACAACUGUUGAGCUGGCGGUGAAGCGAAGUCAGAAGCUAACGCGACCCUCGUCGGUAUCAGUGGUAACGCCCUCGACACCCAUUCUCUCUGGACGAGAUCGUACCGCUUCUAUAACUGGGCCACAGCCGGUGGACAGUAUUAAGCGAAGGGAGAUGGAGACUUACAAGAUCCAGACCUUGCAGAAAAUGCUGGAGCAGGAGAAACUAAAUCUGGAGCGAUUGAAAAGCGAUCAAAAUAAUCCGAGCUACAAGCUAUCUGAGGCGAAUAUCCGUAAGCUGCGCGAGCAACUGCAUCAAGUGGGAGCCGAGGAUGCACCGACUGUUAAACUUCAGGCGGCCGCUGGCAAUAAGAACACAGCAUUACUAACGCCCAACCAAAUCCAACACUUGUCCGCGUCCGCCACUCACAGCAAUCAGCAAUUCCAUCAUCUUCACCACCACCACAAUCUCCACAACAACAAUUAUCCGCCACAGCAACAGCCAGCUAGCACCUCACCCGCAUUCCUGUCCCUCCUGCCGCGUUCCCUUUCGUCCUUGUCGCUGGGCACGCGCAAAAAUAAGACCGAAAAGGACCUAACGACUUCAUCUCCCUUUGGCUUAACGACGGAUUUCCUGCAGCAGCAACGCAUGAGCCACCAAGCGGAGUCAAUGUCUCAGUCGAUGCAUCAGCACACCAGCACUCCGACCUCGCAGCAGUUCUUCCAUCCGCAUCAGCAACAACAUCGCUUUAAGGAAACUGGACCGUCGUCGAAAGGCAAAAACAAGUUCCUGAUUUCGAGGAGUUUGAUCGAGGAGGAUGUGCCGCCCCCACUGCCGCAGAGGAAUCCGCCCAGGCAGUUGAAUUUGGACCUGAAGAACGGAAACGCGUCGCCGGGCGGGUCACAUCUGGUGGCUCCCGUUUCCGAUCUGGAUCGCGCCACAAGUCCCCAGUUAAAUAGAUCCCAACAACAGCAACUGCCUAGCAGCACUGACAACAGUCCGAGCAAUGCCAAGUCCAAGCGGUCCAAGAUCAAAACGAAGGCCUUAUCGGAUCCUAAGAUGUCCACCCAGAUGUUCCUGCAAAUGGAAUCGGCGAGUGCAGCUGGAGCAGCCGGAGGAUCCAUUGAGGUAGAUGGGGGUCCACCACCGCUACCGCCUCGCUUGCCUGGCAUGAUGACAGAGGAUAUGAGCCGCGGCAGCUGUCAGAAUCUCGCUCAACCCAAUUCCGUUGGCACUGCAUUCAACUAUCCUCUGGUGUCCACAACAACAGCGGUGCAGAACGAUAAUCUGAACAUUGCCUUUCCUUUGUCCCAACGACCCAACAUUGUCCAGCAGCUGCAGCAAUAUCAACAGCAGCAGCAGCAAAUGAGCGGUGGCCAGGCCACAGGCGCUCUGGGACAGACUCCGAAUUUGGGAAAAAACAAACAUCGACGCGUUGGUUCUUCACCUGACAAUAUACAUCCACGUCACCCGGAUCGGUUAACAAAAACUACUUCGGGCUCGUGGGAGAUUGUCGAAAAGGAUGGCGAAUCCUCCCCGCCCGGAACACCACCACCACCAUAUCUAUCCAGCUCCCACAUGACCGUGCUGGAAGAUCCGAAUGAGAAUAGUCGUGGAGCAGCAGCAGCCGGAUCUGGAGUCUUUAUCGAGUCGCAUCAGUUUACGCCGAUGGCGGGAGCCUCUUCUCCGAUCCCGAUAUCCUUACAUUCCGGCCACAUGCAUGCGGCCCAGUCGAACGAUACGCAGAAGGAGAUCAUCUCGAUGGAGGACGAAAACUCGGACUUGGAUGAGCCCUUCAUUGACGAGAACGGACCCUUCAACAAUCUAACUCGUUUGUUGGAGGCCGAGAACGUCACUUUCCUAGCCAUCUUCCUAAACUACGUGAUCUCAAACUCGGAUCCCGCGCCACUUCUGUUUUACCUGAUUACUGAGUUGUACAAGGAGGGCACCUCCAAGGACAUGCGGAAAUGGGCCUACGAAAUCCACUCCACAUUCCUCGUGCCGCGGGCUCCAUUGUCAUGGUAUCGCCAAGAUGAAUCGCUGGCCCGCGAGGUGGAUAAUGUCCUGCAGUUGGAGUAUGACAAAGUGGAGAUCCUACGGACAGUUUUUCUACGUAGUCGAAAGCGGGCCAAGGACCUGAUCAGUGAGCAGCUACGUGAGUUUCAGCAGAAGCGCACCGCCGGCCUGGGAACCAUUUACGGACCCACGGACGACAAGCUGGCCGAGGCGAAAACGGAUAAGCUAAAGGAGCAAAUCAUCGACAAAUAUUUAAUGCCCAAUCUUCAUGCGCUGAUUGAGGAUGAGAACGGUUUACCGCCGGAGGAUGUACGGAAGGUGGCGUUGUGUUCUGCUCUUUCCACCGUCAUCUACCGUAUUUUCAACACUCGUCCGCCUCCAAGCAGCAUCGUUGAGCGGGUCCACCACUUUGUGAGCAGAGACAAGAGUUUCAAGUCGCGUAUUAUGGGCAAAAAUCGCAAGAUGAAUGUUCGUGGUCAUCCAUUGGUAUUGCGUCAAUACUAUGAAGUGACGCACUGCAAUCAUUGUCAGACGAUUAUCUGGGGCGUGAGCCCGCAAGGUUAUCAUUGUACAGACUGUAAAUUGAACAUACACCGUCAGUGCUCGAAAGUAGUGGACGAGAGUUGUCCCGGUCCCUUGCCCCAGGCAAAACGUCUCGCCCACAACGACAAGAUCAGUAAAUUCAUGGGCAAAAUUCGACCGCGUACCAGCGACGUCAUUGGAAAUGAAAAGCGAAGUCGGCAAGAUGAGGAAUUGGAUGUUGAGUUGACUCCAGACCGUGGUCAGACGUCGAUUGUGCGUCAACCCUCUGAUCGGCGACCGGAUGCGAACAUAUCGAUAAGGUCGAAUGGGAAUACCUCCUGCAACACUUCGGCGCUGAACACCACCGACCUGCAAAGUUCUUUUCACGGCAGCUGUGCCAACGACAGUAUUAACCCCGGCGGUGGAGCCGGAUGCAACAUGGAUUUAUCCACGAGUGUGGCGUCGACGACACCGUCAACUAGUGGAUCCGUGGCAGCCGGUCUGAGUGCGUUUGCCGAACUGAACGCCCUGGAUACAGUGGAUAAAGAAGCGCGGAGGGAGCGUUACAGUCAGCAUCCGAAGCACAAAAGUGCGCCAGUCUCCGUGAAUCGGUCGGAAUCCUACAAGGAGCGCUUGUCCAACAAGAGGAACCGCAACAGUCGCCGCAAGACCUCUGAUCCAAGCUUGUCGUCGCGUCCCAAUGAUGAGCAACUGGACUUGGGUCUUUCGAAUGCCAACUAUGUGGCCAGUUCGAAUUCUAGUCUCUCUUCAGCUGGCGGCAGCGAGAGUCCCAGCACGUCAAUGGAGCACUUUGCUGCAACCGGAGCAGCGGGUGGCGUCCAGGUGCCGCCAAUGGGAUUGAACCAGAACCAGCAUCCCCAUCUGCUCAUCCAGCAGCACGCCCAGCAGUACUGCCAGCAGGAUUCCUUUCAGGCAGGUUUGGCUGGGGCCGCUGGGAGCAGUGCAGCUAGCAACUCUAGUUUCUGGAAUGCUGGCCACCCAUUGCCUGUAGCUCGUUGGACGCUGGAGAGCGAGGAUGAAGACGAUGUGAACGAGGCGGACUGGAGUUCCAUGGUGGCCGCAGAGGUGUUGGCAGCUUUAACGGACGCUGAGAAGAAGCGUCAGGAGAUUAUAAAUGAAAUCUAUCAAACUGAACGCAACCAUGUGCGCACCCUAAAGCUGCUGGAUCGAUUAUUCUUCCUGCCACUCUAUGAGAGUGGAUUGCUGUCCCAGGAUCAUUUGCUGUUGUUGUUCCCACCCGCCUUGCUGUCGCUCCGUGAGAUUCAUGGCGCGUUCGAGCAGAGUCUUAAGCAACGACGCAUCGAGCAUAACCACGUGGUGAACACCAUAGGGGAUCUGCUCGCUGACAUGUUCGAUGGUCAGUCUGGAGUUGUUCUCUGCGAGUUUGCGGCUCAGUUCUGUGCCCGCCAGCAAAUCGCCUUGGAGGCACUCAAGGAGAAGCGCAACAAGGACGAGGUGCUGCAAAAGCUAUUGAAAAAGUCGGAGUCACACAAGGCAUGUCGCCGCCUCGAGCUGAAGGACUUGCUGCCCACCGUGCUGCAGCGCCUCACUAAGUAUCCGCUUCUGUUUGAGAACCUCUACAAGGUGACCGUGCGCUUGUUGCCAGAAAACACCACCGAGGCGGAAGCCAUUCAACGAGCAGUGGAAUCCUCUAAAAGGAUUCUUGUCGAGGUCAACCAGGCAGUAAAGACAGCGGAGGAUGCUCACAAGCUGCAAAACAUUCAGCGUAAGUUAGACAGAUCCUCCUAUGACAAGGAAGAGUUUAAGAAAUUGGACCUGACCCAACAUCACCUCAUCCAUGACGGCAAUCUGACGAUCAAGAAGAAUCCUAGCGUGCAGCUACAUGGACUUCUGUUUGAAAACAUGAUUGUUUUGCUGACCAAGCAGGAUGAUAAAUAUUAUCUUAAGAACUUGCACACACCGCUAUCGAUCACCAAUAAGCCAGUCAGUCCCAUUAUGAGCAUCGAUGCGGACACUUUGAUCCGGCAGGAGGCGGCUGACAAAAAUUCCUUUUUCCUCAUCAAGAUGAAGACAUCACAAAUGUUGGAGCUACGCGCGCCUAGUAGCUCGGAGUGCAAGACAUGGUUUAAACACUUCUCGGAUGUGGCUGCUCGUCAGUCUAAGAAUCGUUCAAAGAACGCAUCAAGCAACCAUGACACGAGUAUUAGUGAUCCAGCUCUCGCCGCUAUACCGCAUUCCAACACCAAAGAGUCGUUGGAGUUGAGCACCGAUACAGUACAGCCAUUGGCUGCGACAGCCACAUUGACUACCACACCUUUAGCCCCAAUGUUGCCUAUAGCCACGGUUACACCGGCUCCAGCGACUAAUAAUAGUAACGUUAGCUCUCUUACUGGAGUUCAGUUGCGAAACCCUCAACGGGAUGCGACAGCAAGUGAAUCUGAUGCGGAUUAUGUAAACACACCAAAGCCGCGUUCGAGCCAAAAUGAAAUUAAUCGCACUAUGUCCAUAAGGAGCACUGGGGAACCCAUUCAGAAGUAUUCGGCGAAUGGGACGGAAGCAAACGACGUUACUUUACGACACUCUCAGUCGACUAGAGAAUCGGUUAGACCAGGAUCUACUGGGGAGGAGCGAAACUCCACCUAUGGCAUGGUUGGAGGUAACUCCAAACGCGACAGCGCCAGCAUUGUCUGCUCGAACAACUCGAACAACACGCGCACCCUGCUGAUGCAAAGCCCCUUGGUGGACCCCACGGCCAUUCAGGUCAGCAUUAGUCCAGCUCACACAGCGGAACCUGUGUUGACACCGGGAGAGAAGCUACGCCGUUUGGACGCCUCCAUUAGGAAUGAUUUGCUGGAGAAGCAGAAAAUCAUUUGUGAUAUCUUCCGUUUGCCAGUGGAACACUACGACCAGAUUGUGGACAUUGCCAUGAUGCCAGAGGCGCCGAAAGACAGUGCAGAUAUUGCUUUAGCUGCUUACGAUCAGAUUCAAACCCUGACCAAGAUGCUGAACGAGUACAUGCACGUGACGCCUGAGCAAGAGGUAUCAGCGGUGUCCACGGUGGUUUGUGGUCACUGUCACGAGAAGGAAAAGCAUCGUAAGAAGGUGGCACCAUCCACAUCGUUUUCCUCAUCACCACCACCGCUGCCGCCGCCCAAUAGGCAGCAUGCCCAGGCUCAGGCCCAGAUACCGCCAUCGCGGCUGAUGCCCAAACUACAAACCCUUGAUCUUGACGAAGUUGCCAUACACGAAGACGAUGACGGAUACUGUGAGAUCGACGAACUGCGCUUGCCGGCGAUUCCGUCCAAACCACAUGAGCGACCCACAACGCCACUGGCUCCGUUCAAAACUGAGCCGAAAACUUCACAAUCUGUUGUUAUAGAUGCCUCGAAACGUCAAUCCACUGAUGCCGUUCCGGAUGGAUUACUGGAACAGGAAUCACUCGAAGGCGAUACGACGGAGACCAAGGUUGAAGAUAAUGAAGUGAAAACUGUGCCGUCAGAUAAGCUAAGUGAAUCAUGUAAUGAGGAGAUGCAAUGUGUGGAGGCGGAUAUCACAAAGGAAGUGGCAGAUCCAACGACCUCUAAGAAUGAAGCAGCGACAACAGCAUCGGUGGAUGAAUUACCAAGCCAGAGCCGGGAGAUUAAAUCGGCUGAAAACACAAGCAAAUCUGUAGUUGACAAAAAGGAAGACAACGAGGAAACCAUCGAAGAAGGCGCGGUAACCACGGUCGAUAGCUCCACUCAAACAUCACCAACUGAAGCUCUUAAAGAGACGGAUAAGUUAAGUGGAGGAUCGAACAGCACCUGUGGGCCGAAUCGCAUUCAGCACGCCAGUGUGCUGGAGCCGAGUGUGCCCUGCCAUGCACUCAGCAGCAUUGUAACAGUACUGAAUGAGCAGAUUUCCAUGCUUUUGCCAAAAAUUAACGAACGCGAUAUGGAAAGGGAGAGAUUGCGUAAAGAGAAUCAACACCUUCGCGAGCUUUUGAGUGCGCUGCAUGAUCGACAGCGAGUUGAUGAAGUAAAGGAAACUCCGUUUGAUCUAAAGAAGCUGAUGCAUGCUGAGGAUGUAGAGUUUGACGAUGAUAUUGACGCCAUUUCCAACAGUUCGCUGACGCCAACGCCUACGCCGAUUCCCACGGCAUCACCAAGCGCCAGCGGCCAGGUACAGACAGCGGAAGCCAUGAGGAUUACUAGCACUGAGGAUGAGGAAUAGGAAACUUGUUUAAUUUUUUUUUGUAUAAAAUACAUAUUUGUUCUUGUUUUUCCCGCACGCAUUUGACCAAUUGAAUUGGCGGCGUCUAUGUUUUACGAGUAGCCUUUCUUAGAGCAUGCCUUUUACUACUGUUAAUGUAGCUUCAUUUGUUUUCUUAAAAUAUUAUGUAUUCCACAAGAGCCGAUAACACUUUAAAUUAAGUCUAACAUUGUCCCCUCGUAAAACUAAUUAAAUACAUAUAUAUAUGCAUAUUAUCGACUUAAAAAAUAUCAGAUAAACACACAAUGUUUGAUACAUUUAUAAAGAACAAUAAACAACAUAGUUAUUGAGAAGAAUAA